AUGUAUCCUCAACAUUUGCUUCUCUAUUGCGUCACAGGUAUGGAAUACUACCAAGUAAAAGGCGCCACUGAGAGAGUCAGUCGGGGUUACGACAUGUACAAAAAGCCUUUUGCAGACAAUAAUAUGCCGCAUUGGGAAAUGGCUCGCCCAAUGUCAAUUACCUGUGUGGCUAUAGCAUCGGCAUGCAGUCUUUGUAUGUGUACAUUGGCUUAUUACCUUCACAUGGAGUUCUCCUGGUCUUUGUACGAGCACAUCAGCCCAGAUCUGAGGAUGACAGCAAGAUAUGUCAAGUACCUGGCAUAUCUUGUGCUUCUCAAAGUCUCCCUUUGA